CUAAUUUAUCACCCGUAGAUGCAGUGCAUUUGUUACCGCUCUUCUCUUUCUUCGGAUCGCUGUGGCACACUUUGAUGAAACAAACGUUUUCGCAAUUUCGAUUUUUUUUGCAGCGUAGUUUGAAUUCGAAUAUUUAAAUUUGAAUAUCUGAACUGCGGGAAAACGUAAAAAUCUCGUUUCAGAAGCAGGACAGAGGCGUUAGUAUAAAUCUUUACUACAUAUGAUAUUGAUUUACUUUCAAGAUAUUAUAGAUCAGACCAAAUCCGCUAUAAGUAGUUUUUUCUUCGUAAAUAUGACACGCUGUCUGAUAUCCUGGUUAAACAAAAACAAACACUAUAUCGCUAUUUAUUAGAUUGAUUGGGCUUUUAAUUAGCUUGAUAUCUACUAUAUCCCUGUUUAAAACAAAGCAAAAAACAACAGAGCCAUCACGAACAUCUCUAACGGUUUUCACUACAAAUGACAAAACUUUUAAGUCUAGUGUGUUUUGCAUUUUUGCUAGCCGAAUAUUACUAUGCAGCCAUAGCGAUGCGAUUCAUGGCGUCAAAACGACUUUAUUCGCCAAAGCUCGCUGGGUUUAAGGAGGAGCGCAGGCUCCUGCCACGUAGCCGGGACUUCCUCGGACGAGCACGCUUCAGCCCUGAAACAAGGCUCCAGGGAACUUUGCCAGAAGAAAAAAAAAAGGCAGACGAAAGCUACGAUGCCCACAGAAGCGAUUGUUUACAGCAGCGACUCCGUGGACCGCGUAUUAUAUCAUCGGACUUGUUGCGUAUUUGAUGAGCCAGCGUCUGUACGGUGUGUUAAAAAUGGGUGGCUCUGUCCUGGUGCUCACUAUCAUUGUGUCCACUCUCGGUGGCCUAGUGUUCGGCUAUGAGCUUGGAAUAAUAUCCGGCGCUCUUCCGCAGCUUCAAGCUCAGUUCUCCCUGGGUUGCGUCCAGCAGGAAGCCGUGGUUAGCGCUCUUCUGAUCGGAUCAUUGUCAGCAUCUGUGAUCGGUGGCUGGCUGAUUGAUCGUCACGGGAGGAGGAUAUCCAUUUUACUGAGUAAUCUCCUCAUCCUUGGAGGCACCGUUGUCUUAACCACAAGCGUCUCUUUUUUGGCGCUGGUGGUUGGUAGAGGCAUCAUUGGUUUUGCAAUGAGCAUUUCUUCCAUGAGCUGCUGCAUCUUUGUCUCCGAGAUGGUCGCUCCUGAACGCAGAGGGUUGAUGGUUACCCUGUACGAAGUUGGAAUUACAGUCGGGAUCUUGUCGGCCUAUGCGGUCAACUACGUUUUAUCUGGUGUCCAAGCAGGAUGGAGGUACAUGUUUGGACUUGCCAUGAUACCAUCACUCAUGCAGUUGGUGUCCAUUGGGUUUUUACCUCAGACGACCGGUACCUCUGAAAACCUUGUAACGGAGGACGAUAGCCAGCAGUCUGAUAGAUUAGCAGGGGAAAUGUCGAAUCCGGAGCCAACAGAACAAGUUAAAUACAGUGUCUUUGACCUUUUUAAAACCAAAGACAACAUGCGCAGAAGAACCGUCAUCGGUCUCGGGCUGGUGCUCGGUCAACAGUUCACAGGUCAGCCGAAUGUCCUCUUCUACGCUUCCACCAUCCUUUUCUCCGUGGGGUUUCAGAGCAACGCAUCUGCGAUUCUCGCAUCGGUGGGUCUGGGUGUAGUCAAAGUCGUCGCUACUCUGUUGGCAAUGGCAUGUUCGGACAAGGUUGGUCGAAGAUCUCUUCUGAUCGGGGGAUGCUCUGUGCUGGCUAUAGGAUUGAUAUUAACCGGUGUCUUGUGCAGACAGUCAGUGAUUGAUACAGCGAAACAGUGCACUUCAUUAGAACCGCAUUCAAAUUUGACCUCACCGGCUGAAAAUCAAGAAAACGUGGGCAUAAACUUGGUCAAUCGCAGCACGCCAUCUGCUGGAGGUGAAAGACAUGAUGCUUACGAAGAUUCAAAUAUCAAGUGGAUUAUUUUUAUCUGCAUGAUGACAGUUGUGAGUGCCUUCUCAGUCAGCUUUGGACCAAUGACGUGGCUUGUGCUAAGUGAGAUAUUUCCAAAGGAAGUCAGGGGAAGAGCCUAUUCGUUCAUCAACUGCUUCAACGUGGGGGCCAACCUCAUAGUUACCUUUUCUUUCUUGAGUAUAACAGAUGUGAUAGGUCUUUCUGGAAUAUUCUUUGUGUAUGGAGUCAUCGGAAUGGCAGCAGUUGUGUUCAUCUACUUUGUACUGCCAGAAACCAAAGGGAAAUCUCUACAUAAAAUCGACAGAGAACUCUCUCAGACACGAUUUAUUAUCGGAGAGGAAUUCUGCAAUAUUUUCCAAAGAAGACAUUUCUCCCCUGGGUAUCAGAGAGUUCACUUAACAAGCACAACGACAUGACAUGAAGCGGAAAGUUAUCUGUUUUUGUUGAACUAUGACUCCCAUGGUUGUUUCACAUAUAUUUACUAGCGUUAAAUCUUUCUCAUUACCAUUCAACGUUAAUACGUUGGCACUUUCUGUGCAUUCAGGAGAUACAUUUGAUCAGUUCACG